AUGGCCGACCAUGUUCACCGGGUUACCCUGUUCAAGCUUCCCAAACCCGAUGAUGUCGACGCGAUGAUUGAGCAGUACAAGAUCCUCGAGGCCACUCACCAAAAGGACGGAAAGCCGUACUUGCAAUCCGUUGUCGUCGGUAAACCCGAGGCGGACCCUCGUGCUCAGGGAUAUACCUUGGCAGCCAAGACCGAAUUUGCCAGCGCUGGUGAUAUGAAGUACUACGAUGAGGAAUGUCCGGCUCACGAGCAGCUCAAAGGAGUCGCCAAAACUCUGACGAUGGAAGGUGUUCUAAGCGUUUUCUUUAAACCCACUAUUACUGGUGGUAUCUCGCAAUAA